UGAUUGAAGGUGAGAUGAAAAUCUGGACUUGCCUAUCUUGUCUAGGUACCCUUCAUCUGAUAUCAACAUUGCUCACACAGUGAUUACACUUAGUGCGAGCAGUGUCACGAAUACAUCUAUGAUCAAAACUUUGCAAUCGCUCCAUAUCUCGUAGGUUGUAACUCUUGCAUCAUCGAUUAGUUCAAAAGAGUUUAAAUGUAGUUCGUUGGUUCAAGUAUUUGACUUUUAAGCAAUAGGUUUCAGGUUCCUGCUUCGUUGUUUAUUGUUAAUUAUAAUUUCUUGUUGAUAUAUUGCAUCGAAUUGCUCGACCUCUGUUGUCAGAUGAGGAUGCCUCGAUACUGUCGGAUAUUCAUGAUGUUGUAUUCAUAUUGGGGAUUAACAGUGGAAUCCAGGACAGGCUUUCCAGUCCUAUUUGGAACUCAUCAGCUGGAUGUACCUGCACCCCAGUGCAGAGUGAUGUUAUUUCCACUGAGACUCGAACCUCGUACCUAUCUCUUCAAACUCCAAAGGUUUCUCCACUGGGAUGCAAGUAGUCUACCUACUUCGGCUUGCACAAAUAAGUAGUAUCACAAGCUGCUAUGUAAACAUUAAAUUUAGUUCACAGGUUAAUACAUAGACAUGUACUGUGGUUGGGUUGAAUAACAAUGAGAUAAACGAAUGAGAGACAAGAAAUCGACAGUUACAGGUAAUAAAUGAGACCGAGUAGAGCCAGUCGCCAUGUGCGGUUACGUAGAUUAGACAAUCAGCCACAUGGGUUGACGAGUGUCAGGGUUAUUCAUAGUACCCAAUGGCGUAGACCUCAGGGAGUGGAGAGGAGUGGGAUGGGGUAUCAACCGCCUAAACCACUGAUGAACCACAAAGUGUGGUGUAAGUUAGUUAUAUUAAUAAUAAUAAUAUAGUUUCUGUGACCAUAAACCCAUGAGUAUCGUUGCAUUUGAUAAGAACUCUCAGCUAAGUAGUAUUGAAAGUAUCUUCUUCAGACGAACACACACACACAAAUAAACACUAAGGUAUUACCACUUAACUAUCUGAGAUAGCAGGCGUAGCUUGGCAGACUAGUGUGUGUGCUUGGUGAUGAUUGAGUGUGAGAUGAAAAUCUGGAUUUUCGUCCCACCUUCAAUCAUCACCCAGUACAAAUAUUAGUCUACCAAACUACGGCUGCUAUCUCAGAUAGUCAAAUGAUAAUCAAUAUGAUGAUCCCCCUCUCGUUCUAAUUCAGUUAGAUUUGUAUUGGGAUGAGAAGUCCUGAUUGGUUGGCAGCCAGUGUGAAUACGAUCAAGCGGUAGUAAGGCGUCACGAAUUUACAUGAUAGUCGGGCAGAAUCCUUGAUGAUUGAGGUGAAAUAAAAUUGUGGUUAGCAGUCGGACCUCGUAGUUUAGUUUGAAGAGCACCGGGCUGGUAACCCGGUGGUCGCUGGUUCGAAUCUGGCGGUGAUCCAUAUUUUCCUCUCACGUUCAAUCAUCGUUCAGUACAAAUACUAGUCUACCAAACUACACCUAUCUCAUAUGGUCAAAUGAUAAUUGAGUUAGAUUUGGAUUGGGAUGAGAAGUCGUGACUGGUUGGCAGCCAGUAGGAAUACGAUCAAGCGGUAGUUAUGCGUCACGAAUUCACAUGGUAGUUGGGCAGAACCCACCUUGGUGAUUGAAAUGAAAUAAAAUUCUGAUCAGCUUCAAUUGAAUCUCAUAACUAUUUCAUUGUCAUGAAAAUUUUUUUUUUGCUUUUCUAUGAAACAAACAAACAAAUUGUCUACAGUUUUAUUCCCUCGACAUCUUACAUCACAAACAUCUCCACGUACAAUUAAUCUUAUUCAUACAUUACGUAAUUAUUUACAUUAUCAUAUUAAAUGUUCAAAAGGUUAUAUACAUCGUAGAAUGAGAGGUAAAACAUUAGAAUUUAUAAAAAUAUUAAAUCGUGCUAGACCACAAUAUUAUUAUUAUUAUUAUUAUUAUUCAAAUAAUCCUGUUAUUCAAACUGAUCAUAUUGGAAUAAAUAGAUCAAAUUUGUCUAGUUCAUUUUUUAUGAAUAAUGUAAUACAUAGAAAUGGUGAAAAUGAUAUUUAUGAUAAUGAUGUCAAUGGAAGUAUAUCAACAGUUUCAAUAUCAUCAUCAUUUGAUCAAGAACAAACAUCGAUUGUAAAUCAACAUAUAUCUUAUAAACUUCCUCAAUCUUCAGAUUUAAUGCUUAAUAAUGGUUAUAUAUAG